UGCGCCGCUGCCGAAACCCGGGAGCUGAAGGCGGCUUUGAAGAGGGAACGGCAGCUCCUGGCAGAGCGGAUCCAGUCCGAGUGGGAGCAGCGACAGGCUCAGGAGGUGCGGCGGCUGCAGGAGCUGAACCAGCGGCUGCGGGCGGCAGAGACCCGGCAGCUGCUGCGCUGGAAGGAGGCUGAGCUCCGCGAGGGCCAGGAGCUGCUGCGGCAGGAGCGCACCGCUGCUGCUCACCAGGCACGGGACCUGCAGCGGCAGCUGACCGAGGAGAUGGUGAGGCCCACCAGGAGCAGCAGGGAGGCCCAAAGCAAGCUCCAGGACGUCCUCAGCAAGCUGCCCUGGGAGACAGACGGAGACCAGCCUGCUCGCAUCCGCUUCCUCCGGAACCAGCUGCAGCUGGAGAGGAGACUCUUCCUCGAGCACAUCCU